AUGACUCCCGUCUCGAAAACCACGCCUUCGAAGCCAACGGUUUCUAAACAGUCGACGCUGAACGCUCUGAACGGAAAUAAACCUUCAACGGCGUCUAAGUUGCCUUCCGCUACACCGAACGUGUCAUCAUCUUCGAGCGCAGGCCUGGCUGGUAUAAAGCAUCCUGUGGCGCCGAGUACCGCUGAUGAACCCAAUCACCCCAAGAAAGCAAAGAAUGGCCCUUUGAAGGAAGGGUGUGCUGUUGGCGGUCGUGAGUUCCACCUACUGAAGGACUGCCCCAUCCACGCCGCUGGGCCGAAGAGGUAG